CUCUACGAUAAUACUUCCUUUCUCACACCACGCUCUUACUCUUAACUUUCUUAAUACCUUUUUAUUUUACCUUUUAAUAACCCCCAGAAAGGAACUUCCUCGAAGUGUACUCUUUCAUUUUCCAUGGGAGAGAAGAGAGAAACGCUUCUCCAGUUAUCGCGCUCCUUUGAUCACUACCUUUUUUUCUUUUACUAACCUUUCAAACGACCAUACCUCGCCGGCCCGAUGGACCUCGAGCUUUCAGAAGAGCAAAACUUCCUCUUCGAGUCACAGAAAAUGGCAAAACCAUCCAAAAAGACUCAGGUGGCAUCCGCAUCCGACUCGACAGAGGCCACUACAGCAUCAACCCCAUUGACCGCAUCCAGAGACACGACUUCAACGUCCCUCGACUCAAACUUCGCCCCCACAAAUUUAGGUGAGCCGCUCCAAAGCAGCGAGGGAGCUGAAGCACUGACAGAGCCUAUGGACCAACUUAUUAAUGCAGUGGAAAAUGAGAGGGAGAAGCUAGAGGCCACGGUGGCCAAGUUCGGGUCUCAACGCACGGAUGAAGUAGCUGACAAGAAAGUCGCUGAGCUCGAGCGAGAGGGUGUAGAGCUUGCGGCUUUAGAAGAAGAUAUACGAAGAGGGCUCGAGAAAAAACAGCGCGAGGACGAGGACGUUCCAUCCCCACCAAUCGCACAAACACCACCCAUAGCACUACCGACUGACAAUGCCUCAGCAAGCACAGAGGUCGAAUCCACGACCCCCAACACCUUGCUUUCGUCUACCCCAAUUGCACCUCCAACGAAUCUCUUCGAACCCCAGAACCCCGUCGCAACCGAACUCCUUCGCAACGGCUCGCAGCUCGUCUUUUACCCUGGCGAAUUGCGUCCCCUCGUGACGCCGAGUUACGCCCAGAGCAUGCUUAUCCAAGAUCGAAAGGACACGAGCCUGGACCUGAACAUGUGCGCAGACGUAAUCAGGGAUUACUGGGCUAUGCUACAACGCAACCCGAAAGGAUCAAAUGCAGAAGCUGUGGCCGUGCAGAAGCUUGCGGCAUGGUCUAAGAUCUUGAUUGGUGAGGUGGAGGAGCUCAGUGAUCAGCGGGGCGAGGACUGGGAGAAGCGUUGGACGGCGGCGAAUGCGGGGGUGGCUAAGAAGAAGGCGGCGAAGGAAGGCGUCGACGAAAAACCAGUGGCACAGUUCGUAAUUGGCGACAUGAGCGCGGAGAAUAUUAAGAAAAUUGUACAAGAGGAGCUGGCUGAGCAAAAGGCAGAAAAGACUGUCGAUUCGAAGACGGAAGAGCGCCAGAUCUUGCCCCCGGAACUCCAGCAACUGAUUAGACCCGAGACUAUCAUGAAGUUGACUCAUAUCCCGCCAUACGACAAGCUCGAUACCCAGCUUGAAAUUGCUGAUCUGUGGAAACACCUCCGAACAGAGCCAAAAGAUUCCCCAUUCUACAUCAUGGCCUAUGACACUCUCGUUCACUGGACGCACUACCUUGAAGAAUCGGAGCGAUGGGCAGUGCAGCAGAACACCGCUCAACAAGCACCACAGCCUUCGCAAGUAGCAGAACCCAUUCCAAGUGGCCAAACUCCCGCACCCACCAUUCGUCUGCCAGACCCUGGUCUCUACCACCUCAUCCGACCCGAAGAAAUCCUCAGCCUCCCGCUUCCCGAUGAAGACAAAGCCCGCUAUCACGGCGAGGCCUCCGCCCUGUGGAGCAAGUUAAAGACACACGAGAAAGGCACAGCGCCAGAAACUAGUGCCCGCGAUAGUCUUACCAAACUUACGUCGAAAGUUAGGGAAGCCGCGCGCGAGCAUCAACGCCAGCAGCCGGCACCGCAGCAACCACCAGGCGGGUAUACCAAAGGAAAACCUGUGACUUUGGCCGAGGUGGAAGAGGGGCGGAACGCGGACAACAGUAUCAAUGAACCACAUCGGUCUGCGAAAGGGCGUACCUUUGGUGAAAUUGCGGUUAGCGAAUUUUCAACGCCUCGGCCUCAACAGGUGGGCACCUGGACUGGGUUCAAUAAGAAGACGAGGACCCAGCAAGCAUACAAUCCGGCAAACGAGCUCCCGAUGCACCACCACAGCGGCUUUCCGGUGUGUUCGUGCCCGGUGUGUGUACGUGCCGCUGGUCUGCAGCUCCCACCACCGAUGUACUCCGACACAAACUCGUACCCGAUGCCGUACACAAACUCGCCCCUGCCCCAGUACGACUCGUACAAGGGCCCGUGCACGUUUCGGUAUGAAGACUUGUACCCGAUUCCGAUCCCGUAUGAAGACGAGUACUCGAUCCCGAUCCCGUAUAAAGAUGAGUACCCGAUCCCGUAUGAAGACGUGUACACAAUCCCGUACAAGGUUCGGCGUAAUGGGCCAGCAACAUUUCCACUCACUUCUCUUCCGGAAUGGGACCCCCUCGGGCCAAAUGAACCCCCGCAAUAUGAGCAAGUGAAGAGUGUGUCUCCGCCUGUUGCGGCUUCUGCAGUCAAGCCAGAUCCCAAGCAGGAGUUGACCCCUCCCCAGAAUUUAUUCCCGAACAAGAAGCAAACCAUACCCCAGGAGCCCAAGGUCGAUCAGAAGCCGACAACCAAGCAAGAGUCGACCACGAAGCAACAGUCCACCGACACGACCCAGAACACCGAGACGCAAUUCACUAAAAACGUCGCCUCUGUCCUCGCCCGCUUCCCCGAACCCACCACUCUAGCCGAGCUGCUCGUCAAGCGCGAGGAAAAACUCCACUCCUUCAAGAAAGACAGCGUGAAGGCCUGCACGACCCUCACGGACGUAAUCAGCCAGAAGGACCAAAAGAUCGAGACCUUCACGGAGCUCCUCCAGCAGAAGGACAAGAGGAUCGAACAGCUAGAGGCUGACAACGAGACGGGGAAGAAACGCCACGAGUUCCAGCUCGCCAACCGCGAGGAGAUCAAGGAGGAUCAGCAGGCCGAGAUCGAGGCGCUCAAAGUCCCGAACCAGGAAAGGAUGACUGACAGGGAGCUGGAAAUGCUGCGCGAAGUCGCUGGCGUUAGGGAGGAGAGCGAGAAGUUGCGGGCGGAGAAAGAGAACUUGCAGGCUGAGAAUGAGGAGUUGAGAGUUGAGAAACAGAGCUUGCAGGCCGAAAACGCGAGGUUGUGGGGUGAGAAAGAGAACUUGCAAGUCGGAAACGAGAUGUUGCAGGCCGAAGGCGAGAGCUUGCGCGCGGAGAAAGAGGCCUUGCGAGCUGACGCCGAGGCCUUGCGUGCUCGGUACCAGAACUCGCAGGCCGAGAUCAAACACCUGCGCGACACCACAAUCCGCAAUAUCAAGAAGAAGGGCGUAAGGCCGGAGCACUUGUUCCCCGAGCUGCAACAGCUCUUUAAGGAUGCUAUCGAGGAAAAUAUCCGCACAGAGAACGAGCGCUUGAAAGAUCAUUUUGGCAAAUUGACCGCCGACAACGAGAGCUUGAAAGACAAGGUCAAACGGUUGACGGGUGUCCGGAAGCGGUAUGCGCGCCAUAUCGAUGGAUUGCACUCGCAGCGCUUGGCGCACGGGACUUCGAAAGCAAAGGUCGACAACACGCGAACCAAUCUCGAGGACUCGAAAGCCAUAAAGCCAGAGGUCUUGUCGGAUAAGGAACCGGACGUCGAAAUAGCCCCCAAGGAUACCGCCGGAGAAGAACCAAAUGAGGAUCAAGAGAAUGGGCAAGGAUCAGAAGCCUUCCCCUCCCUGCUCAAGGGGCAGAACGAGCGCCAACGCAACGAGCUCGAUGACUUGUCCUCUUUGAUCAAAAAGUUCCGAGUCGAGGAGGAGAAGGCCCUAUUAGGAUGCAAGAGCUGCGAAAAGGUUACCCCCGAGCGCGAGACCGACCGCGAAUAUGGGAAGACCAUGAAAGCAAAAGGCACGGAGCUGGAGAAGCGAUUGAUGACACAGUCCGAGAAGAUCAAGGAGUUUAAGAAGGCCUUCGCUGAGAGCCAUUUCCCCGAAAUUGGCAAUCGAAUUACUGUCGAUCAGCUCGAUGCGCUCGAAAAUAACACGAUCCUCGACAGGGCGGCCGAGGCCCGCAAAGCCAUUGAGAGCCUGAAGAGCGAGAACCGACGUCUCAAGGAAGCUAGCGAGAAGAAUGCCAUAGCGUACAAUCGGAUUUUCCAGCAGCUCGCCAAACUGCAGACCGCCCAGACCGACUUGGACGACUUGAGAAAAAUCUACAGCGAGACGUUCGCCGAAUUGGAGACCGCCCAAAAGUCCUUAGCUGAGUUGAGAGAAUCGUCUAACCAAGCCACUCUCGACUUUGACUCCGCCCGGAGAGAAGCCCAAGAGCUCCAGAAUGCUCUUCAAGACAGUCAAGCUGCACUGGAUCUGUUGGCAGCUGAGCAUGAACGUGUCUGGGAUAAGAUCCACGGCGAAGAAGACAGACUGGCUGACGUUGAAGAUGCAAAGCAGGAGCUCGUAGCUAUGAACGAGAAGCUGAAGGCUGAUUCCGAGAACCUCAAAGCCGAUUUGGAAUUGGCUCAGAAGCAAUUCCUGCAGCAGGGAAACAACCUGACCUCCGUCAUCCGUCCCAAUGCAAAUUUGGAGGACGAGAAGAGAAGCCUGACGGCCGAUGUCAACAAACUCACAAUGGAACUCCAAUCAGCUCAGUCGCAGCUUGGUCAACCAAAAGGCAAUUUGGACUCGACCGAGAAGGAAAAUCAGGAGCUUACGGCCAAGAAUGAGCAACUGACGACCAAUGUCGACGACCUCGACCGCGAGUUGGUAACAUCCCGCCACAAGCUCCGCCAACAAGCAGACCAGUUAUCUUCGAUCGUCGAUCAAAAUGUACUUUUGGGCGACGAGAAACACCAGCUUACUACCGAUCUCGAGGAUAUGACUGCCAAAAUCGAAGGAGCCCACCAGCAACUGCGCGACCUCAUACGCAAAGGGGACCUGUCCGAGCAGAAUAUCCGACGCCUGACCGCCGAAAAGGAGCAGCUCACGGGUGAAAUCAAGAACCUCGCCAUGGAACUCGACUCCGCUUGGAAACAGAGCGCUGAGCGGGUCGCGCACCUGAACAACGUUCUUCACGAGUCCCAGAGAGUGAGUGCGCAGCUGGCGACCGAGCACGAGCAGCUCAAGACGAAGCAUAAGAUUCUCGAGGCCGAGCACAAGAGGUAUGGUGGAACCAUGGAGCAGCAGGCGAGCGAAAUCAGACAACUGAAGGACGAUUACUCCGCUGCCUCCCGAGCAGCGACGACACUGCAGCAUCAAAACAGCGAACGGCUCGAGAGCUUCCAGCGCCUCAGCGGUCAAGUUUCCGAGCUCAGGGCCGCACACGAGCUGGCUGGUAAAACGGUCCGGGGACUGAUGGCCGAAAAUGAAAACCUGAAGGCAGAGUACAAGGACGCGUGCGAAUGCCUACAUGUCGAGGAACAGAGCUCUGCCAAGUGGCAAGAGAAGGCGUCCAGGUUGGCCGAAAUCGAGAAAGAGAGAGACCAUGUCAUAAUUGAAGCUCAGGAUUUCAAAGCCAGAAUUGUAGCUGAACUUCAAGAAUCCAAAGCCGAAUUAGAAGCUGAGGUCUCUGCGAAAGCUCUGGCGGAAGCUAAAAUUGUGGAGUUGCAAGGCGCUUUGGACAAUGAGCGCAAGAACAACGACGAUCUGAAGGCGCAGACUGAAUCUCUCCAGGCUUGGCUAGAUCAUGCGGCGGAGGAGAGUUCGAAGACGGGAACGUGGGAUGAGGCUGCUGAGGUCGAGGAUGAAGAGUGGGUGCAGCUUUCUGCGGAAGAGCAGCAGCGUCCGGAAUAUACUGAUUGGCGUCCAUAG